AUGAUACGCCCAAAAUGGCCCGGCAGCCAAGCGACGACAUCGUCGAUCCGCCAGUGCGCCAACCAUCAUCAUAGGCGCUUCAUAUCCUCCUCCAGCUCCGCUCCCCCUCCAAAGUUGCCCGAUGGCCUGCAACGCCGAGACGAAGACCAGCAGGAGAAGCAGACCGUUCAAUGGCCAGGGCUGAGACGCCGCACCCCUUCUUCCAUCGAUCAAGCGACGGCUCCGGGAGCCAACGCCCUUUCCUCGCGCUCGGCCCAGAGCAUCGCGACGAGCAUGCCCAGCAAACUAGCGAUAAGCAGACCGCUCGAAAGCAACAAGAACAUGCUCGUCUUCACAGGCCUGAGCAAGAACCUCGUCGCCAGCGACUUCUACCGCCUCUCCCCCGAGUCCCAGAGCCUGUCCGCCUGGGGAAGCACCAUCAAAAAGGGUAGGACGUCGCAGAAGAGCUGGGAGAGGCACCUGGGCGAGAUCAUCACCAAGGACUUCGGGCCCAAACCCGCCGCGGUCCUGGUCCACGCCGACCCUCCCGAUCUCGCGACGGAGGAUCUGCAUGAUGUCAUUCUGAAGGACGGCGAUAAACGAGAUUCAAGGUGGAAGACACCGUUCCCAGUCUCGCUCAUGGACGCCUCCACCGCUCAGAAAUCGUCGGAAACGACGUCAGUGCUGGAGAGUCAUACCUUGGACUCGCUGAGGGGCCGCUUCGUCCUGGCCUUUCCCAACGAGUGGGAGGCCAGGAGGUUCCAACGGGGCUGGAACCAGGGGCAAAUUGAGGUUGCGUUGUCCAAUGGCUUUCACAAGCAGCACCUUCUCAACGUCUCCUUCAUCAACUGGUAA